CAUCAGCCCAACCCAUGUCGAGAAAUGUACAGGACGUCGUCGUCUAGCAGUUCAACAGGUUGAAAAUCUCCUCCUCUUUCGCUUUCCGUAGAGAACGGACAGAAACACAACAGCUUCAAGAAGAUGAAAGGGUACGCAUGGGCUGUUUCAGCUGGAUUCAAUGCUGCUCUUGCUGCCAUUGCUGCCAAGCACUUUUCUUCCCAGCUUGUUAGGUAUGGCCUGGUCAUACUAUUGAAUGCUUUAAUGUGGGGAUGUUAUGUAAAUAGCCUAAAAGCUCUAUCAUCUCUCCAAGCUACCGUUACAAACUUUGCAACGAACUUUCUCUCUUCUGGAUUGGCUGGAUUCUUCCUCUUCAAAGAGGUGCUGCCAUUUCAGUGGUUCGCCGGUGCGACGAUUAUUGUACUCGGUGUGAUAGUUCUCAGCAAGUCAAGCAAAGAGGGAAAAAUGCACACCGACUAGAAAAGCUGGGAGAUGGGACUGUAUUAGAUUCAGCAGUUUUGUAUUCCUUUGUCGUUGAUCAUUGUGGCAUCCAAUUGGCCGGUACAGCUCCAUAAGCUAGGCUAAAACUUCGGCUGCCUUAAUCUUUUUACUGAACAUCUCUGUUCUUGUAUGUCCGGAGAAACAUAACCAUAGGCCAGCAUAUUGUUCAUCUAAUCCAUACAUACAGAAUGUACAUUUGAUCAUCAUAAAUAUAGACAAGUAGUUUCUACUGAUA